AUGAUUGCAAAUCUUGAAGAACAAUUGCUACAACAACAGUAUGAUUUACAAAAACAUAUUCGUCUAGCUGACGAACGUUUGAGAGCGUCCAUGACUGAUUCCGAAGUGAAAUUAAAAAAGUAUGAAGAACAAAUAGAAACAUUACAAAGUAAUUUGAUAGCAAUGGCCACAUAUCACCAACAAUUGGAAGAUGCUUUGGGAGAUGAAUUGGAUAAGCGUGAAAAACGUGAAUUAGAGAAAAAACGAAUAUUAUCAAUCAAACGUGAUACACCCAGCUAUUGGGGUCCGAAUGCAUUCGAGCAGCCCUAUCGAGAAGUAGACAUUCAAAUUGGUUCAGCCGAAUUCAAUAUUAUUAGUCAAUUACUCAACGAUACCAUUGCAGUUCACGACCAUAAAUUUGGAACAAUUUAUCGAAAAGAUCCGACAGAAUUCAUUGUUAUGAAUAUUCAUCGAGUUCAAAAUGAUAAACUUUGGCAUGAAUAUUGUUUCAAAAAAGAGCAAAUUAUCGAGAGACACAAUCGCAACCUGAAAGCCUGUGCAAGUUCGAAGUAUUUGGAAAAUUAUCCAUUUCUAACACCGCUAUUGGAUAUCAAUGCUAAUGAGUACUGGUUAUUUCAUGGUUGCGAUCAAGCAAUACUGCCAUUUCUAUUGCAUAGCGGUUAUGAUCCUCGAGUGUCAAGUUUGGAUGGAAUGUUUGGUGGUGGAUUUUAUUUGGCUGAAAAUUCAAGUAAAUCUAAUCAAUAUAUUCCAUGUCCGGGGUGUGGAGCGAAUUCAAUAUUUACGGGUAGUGGAUGCAAAUGUCACAAUCAAGAAAAUAUAAAAUUCUCAAUUGUACUCUAUAGAGCGGUACUAGGAGAUGUACAUAUUGCUCGCGAGUAUGAUAAGAAAAAGUACAGAGGAGAAAAGGGACGUCGGGUGCGUCGACCGCCAUUGAAAGACAACGGCAUACUUCAUGAUUCUGUAUUGGGUGAAAGUAUGGACUAUGGCGGAAAUCUUUUAAAAUAUCGCGAAGUUAUUUUAUAUGAAUGCGGCCAAGCAUAUCCAGAAUAUGUCAUCGAAUUUCGGCGAUCCGCUGAAAAUUCCAAACCGCCAGCUGGUGUCAAAAAAGUGAAAGAUAGAUGUUAUGAUUUUCUCAGAAAUACAUUUAAACUAAGACCUGAAUAA